GAUGGCCUUGUGACUGGCACAUAAAUGCACCGCGCAGCUCCAGACUGUUCUGACCAGAGCUCAAGGACAGAAUGGAAACAAAGGUGUAAGCGGCUUUAAGCCUGUGGAUUUGGAGCAGUGUUGUUGAUAAGCCUCGUCACUUAGUGGGGAAUAACCGGGCUGCCGAGGAAGUGUAGAACCGUGCCAAAUUGUAAGACUAGUUUAAAUCAUUGAUUAGAAUGAACCGGUAGGCUACAUCAAAAUAUGUAUGGGACAGUGCAUGCGUCUGGCUGAAGUUUGAUUCAUGCUGGUGAUGUAUUGUUCCUGCCUGACUGGCUCGAGAGCCCUGCGUAAAGAACGCGCUCAAAAGUUUGAUGGCGAGUAGCACGACGCUGCGCCUCCUCAUCUUUUCUUCGGCGCGAAGACGACUGACGGACGAAGGACAAGCUUUUGAAAUGAAACUUCGAAAUGAAAAACAUCUUGAAUGCAGGUUUGAGCCGAUACCCACAUGAAAAGUAUUACCAAGACCGCCGCUUUCGCUCUGACCGCGGUCAAUGAGGGAGAGUGGAACCUUUUCUGGGCGAAAGCGGCUGUUUGCAGAAAUGCAAGCCAAUCUCACCGUCUCAAACAACACUGUGCUAGUCCGGGACAGUGAAUAUAACUUUCCAGCUCUUAUAUUCGGAAUUUUGCUAAUCGUGGUCAUCAUUUGUGGGAAUUUACUAGUCUGUCUCAGCGUUCACACAGAAAAAUCUUUGAAAACUACAACGAACUACUUCAUUGUCAGUUUGGCUGUUGCUGAUUUGAUGUUGGCAGUGUUGGUUCUGCCACUGUUUGUGUAUGCAGAGUUCCAGGGGGGAGUAUGGUCCCUGAACAUGACCAUCUGCGACAGCCUGAUGACCAUGGAUGUAAUGCUCUGUACAGCCUCCAUCUUCAACCUGUGUGCUAUCAGCAUCGACAGGUUCAUCGCGGUGGUCAUCCCACUGAACUACAACCGUAAACACGUGGACCAGAGACAGAUGUUCCUGCUGUGUGGCACCUGGAUCCUGGCCCUCGCCGUGGCUUCGCCCGUCAUGUUCGGCAUCAACAACGUCCCCAGAAGGGACCCCAGAGAGUGCAAGCUGGAGGACGACGACUAUGUGGUGUACUCCUCCGUGUGCUCCUUCUUCAUCCCCUGCCCCAUCAUGCUGCUGCUGUACUGCGGCAUGUUCCGGGGCCUGCGCCGCUGGGAGGAGGCGCGUAAGGCCAAGCUGAGGUGCAGCCUCCAGGCCUGCAGGAAGCUUCAGGAGGCUGCGGCCUCACUGCCCCCGCUGGCCUCCCUGCCCCCGCCCCUGCCUCCCAUCAUCGAGCGGGACCUCACAGACCAGGACCCGGAGCGGCCCUGCUCCUUCACCCCCCCGGGGCUCAAGGACGGGCCGGUGCCCACGGUGGCUUUCUCCUCCUACAGGUUCAUCCCUGAACCCCCGAAGAGGAAGAGAGCCAAGAUCAACGGGCGGGAGAGGAAGGCUAUGAAGGUGCUUCCUGUCGUAGUGGGUGUGUUCCUGUUGUGCUGGACGCCCUUCUUUGUGGUGCACACCUUGAGAGCCAGGUGUUCCUCCUGCUCCAUCCCCCCCAGCCUGAUGAGCAUCGUCACCUGGCUGGGCUACGUCAACAGUGCCCUCAACCCCAUCAUCUACACCGUCUUCAACACAGAGUUCAGGAACUUCUUCAAAAAGUUCCUUCACAGCUGCUGUAACAGAAGCUAGGAGCCUUCCUGCAAUACAAACAAGCACAACAACCCCAUUUUAAGGACGCUACAACAUAUGUGCAUUUAUUAUUAUGUUAUGCUGCACUUUUGCCAUUGCAUUUGGGUUUCCUCUCUCUCUACUUUUAUGUAUUUUGUAUAAUAAUGUUUAUUUUGUUCUAUUGAUUUACUUGUGAUUGAUUUUCCAUUGUGACAGCAAUGUGUGUUUGUCAAGCUGGCAGUUUCCAUGUUUUAUGUGGAACAGCUUUAUGGUGAGGAAUAUCACUCAAUUCCAUCUCACUCCAAAAGAGGCUGAGAAAUACUGGCAGGGCAUUUAGUUCUGAGAUUAGAAGAUUCUUUUUUGUACAUUGUUGCGUUAAAAGAAAAAACGAUUUCAGAAUAAACAGUUUCCAUAGUAAUGA